GACCCCAACGCAAAGACGAACAGAAAUGGACACGAAGAAUCAUGAGCGAUCCAGGUCUCGGUCCUAUUCUAGGGAGAGAAAUAAGAGCAGGGCAGUCAGAUCACGAUCUCCGGAGGAUAGACAAGAAAGAAACAGAUAUGUAGAAAGUUCUCGAAGAAGAGCUCGGUCAGAGAGCAGCGGGUCGAGAAGCAGCAGCGCUUCCCGAGAGCGAAGACACAGAGCAGCUGGUCGCUCGAGUGAUUCAGACAGCGACAACCGGGCGAGGAGACACCGCUCGCGUGGAGGAUCGAGAGACAACUCACCAUUUGAUGACCGAAGUAAAAAGCGACACAAGAAGAGUCAAAGGAAGGAGAAAGGAGAACACAAGCAGAGCAGAAGUUCAUCUUGUUCCAGCACACGCUCUAGCAUGGAGAGAGAGCGUGUGAGGGACAGGGACAGAAGUGAUAGAGACAGGAGGAGGAGACGGAGGAGCGGCGAGCGCAGGAGCCCCAUCAGAGAGCGACAUUGGGAACGAGAUGAAAACAGGAAGAGAAGCAGAGGAAGGGAAAGGAGGAGUGAGGACAGGGACUGGAACAGGAGGAGGAAUGAUUGUGAUGAUAGCAGGGAGAGACAGCAGAGGAGGAGGUCACGCUCGGGUUCGUCAGAGUCCUUCAGGUCUUCUGCUUCUGACCAGGGUGACAGAAAAGAAGGACAAGCUGCUCGGUCAGUCAAGGAGGAGCAGAAGAAGCAGAAGGAGCUGAUGAAGGCUUUGGAGACUCCAGAAGAGAAGAGAGCUCGUCGGCUGGCUAAGAAGGAAGCCAAAGAGAGGAAGAAGCGUGAGAAAAUGGGCUGGAGUGAAGAGUACAUGGGCUACACUAAUGCAGACAACCCAUUCGGAGACAAUAACCUGCUGGGCACUUUCAAAUGGCAGAAGGCUCUUCAGUUGAAAGGAAUAGGACACUUGAGUGAAAAGGAGCUGAAGGAGAGAAACAAACUUAUCCAGGAGGAGAAUCGCAGGGAGCUGCAGAAGGUGAAGCAGUUACGUUUGGAGCGAGAACGGGAGAAGGCCAUGCGAGAGCAGGAGUUGGAGAUGCUGCAGCGAGAGAAGGAAGCUGAGCAUUUUAAAACCUGGGCAGAGCAAGAGGACAACUUUCAUCUGCAUCAGGCCAAGCUCAGGUCUAAGAUCCGCAUCCGAGAUGGUCGAGCCAAGCCCAUUGACCUGCUGGCCAAAUACAUCAGCGCUGAGGAUGAUGACCUGUCCGUAGAGAUGCACGAACCAUACACCUUCCUGAACGGACUCACUGUUACAGACAUGGAUGACCUGCUGGAGGACAUCAAGGUGUAUAUGGAGUUGGAGCAGGGGAAGAAUGUGGAUUUUUGGCGAGACAUGACCACGAUCACGGAGGACGAGAUCAACAAACUGCGCAAACUGGAAGCUUCAGGGAGAGGGCCAGGUGACCGCCGUGAGGGUAUCAACACUUCAGUGAGUACAGAUGUGCAGUCUGUGUUCAAAGGUAAAACGUACAGCCAGCUGCAGGCGCUGCACAUGAACAUAGAGAGUAAGAUCCAGGCUGGUGGCUCAAACCUGGACAUUGGCUACUGGGAGAGUCUGCUGCAGCAGGUCCGAGUCUACAUGGCACGGGCAAGACUGAGGGAGAGGCAUCAGGAAGUCCUCAGACAGAAACUCUAUAAGCUGAAGCAGGAGCAGGGGGUGGAAAGUGAACCACUCUUCCCCAUUAUCAAAGAGGAACCUGAGGCUGAGAAUGCAGUUACAAAUGAGGAGGAGCCUUCUAGAUCAUCUCCCUCAGAGGCUGCUGCUGAGUUGCCAGAGCAGGUGGAGGAGAGAGAAGAGGAAGAGGAUGAAGAGAGGCCUGGGCCAAGCUCCAGAGCACCCGAGGAGAAGGAUGGAGGUGAGGGAGGAGGAGAAGAAGAAGAAGAAGGAGGUGAGGAGGGAGAGAAAAACGAAGGAGUGGAGGCUGUGCUGACCGAGGAGGAUCUGAUCCAGCAGAGCCAGGCUGAGUAUGACUCAGGCCGUUACAGUCCCGUGCUCCUGCAGCCCUCUGAGCUUCCACUUGACACGCACGUCGUGGACGCAGAAGAAGACCUCCAACGCCUCCAGCUUGCCCGCAGACAGCUGCAAGUCACAGGUGACGCCAGUGAGAGUGCAGAGGAUGCGUUUGUGCGACGUGCUAAAGAGGGCAUGGGGGGUGACGAGGCCCAGUUCAGUGUAGAGAUGCCCUUGACUGGGAAAAUGUACAUGUGGGCUGACAAGUACCGACCACGCAAGCCUCGUUUCUUCAAUCGUGUGCACACAGGUUUCGAGUGGAACAAGUACAAUCAGACGCACUAUGACUUUGACAACCCACCACCCAAAAUUGUCCAGGGUUAUAAGUUUAACAUCUUCUAUCCUGACCUGAUCGACAAGCGCUCCACGCCACAGUACUUCCUUGAGCCAAGCCCUGACAACAAGGACUUUGGCAUUCUGCGUUUUCAUGCUGGGCCGCCUUAUGAGGACAUUGCGUUUAAGAUCGUCAACCGCGAAUGGGAGUACUCGCAUCGACAUGGCUUCCGGUGUCAGUUCGCCAACGGCAUCUUCCAGCUAUGGUUUCAUUUCAAGCGCUAUCGCUACAGGAGAUGAGAAGCUGAGGCUCAAGUUUGAAGAUGAACAGUUAUAUGACAAAUCUUGUAUUUAAUUUUUUUUGUUGUUGUUCAAAGUGUUUUUUUUUCCUGGUUAUACAAAAUUAAAUAUGAAACAGUUUGAUAUAUUUUAAUAAAUUUCCAUCCCCCAAGUAACCCUACCCUAUUGCACCAUUACAAACUUAUAUGACAUAUUAAAUAUGAUGUACAGUUUAUAAAAUACACAAGAAACAUGA